UACGAUGUAUAAAUUAUGUCCUCUCCUUUCUUCAGCAUGCAUUCGGGUAAAACCCACCAAACCGGUUUUGCUCACCCAAUCAGCCACUAUAUAAACUCGUCCUGACCGCUCUGAUUCUCUCAGUACCGACUCUGAAGCCGCGAGGAUCUGUGUCACAUUGUAAAACAUCCUGCAGUACUUUGAAGCAUUGAUCAGCGUAUCACGGUAUACCGUUCUUGCAGGAUCUGGAGUUGGACGAAUAUGGCGACUGCGAUUGAAUCUCAUCUGACACAAGUGGCGGUAGAGGAUGGACAGGAUUCUCCCCGUACCCACAAGUGCAGCCAUUGCGACAAGGAGUUUCGUUUCCAAAGUAAGCUCAACCUGCACCUGCGAACUCACACGGGUGAGAGACCAUACCAGUGUGGCGAAUGCGGGAAGCGGUUUACCCAACUGGCAAAUCUGAAGACACACAUGCGGACUCACACAGAGGAGAGGCCAUACUGUUGUGAGGAAUGCGGUCGACAGUUUGGUCACAUUGGCGCUUUAAGGACGCAUACUAGAACUCACACCGGUGAGAGGCUAUACUUAUGUGGUGAAUGUAACAGUCAGUUUAUUACGCUGUGCGAUCUAAAGGCACAUAUGCGGACUCACACUGGUGAAAAACCAUACAAGUGUAAACAUUGCAACAAAGGUUUCAGUCAGGCAAGUAGUCUGAAGAGACACGUGCGGACUCACACAGGGGAAAGGCCGUACAUGUGUGAGGAGUGCAGCAAGCAGUUUACUACGCUGUCAAGUUUACAGAGGCACAGGCGGACUCACACUGGAGAGAAACCAUACAUGUGUGAGGAGUGCGGCAAGCAGUUCAGGCAGCUGGGUACUCUAAAAGAUCACAAGAGGAUUCAUACAGAUGAGAAACCGUACAGGUGUGAGAAAUGCAACAAGGGUUUUCGUCAGUCAAGCAACUUGCGUGUCCACAUGCACGCUCACACUGGCGAAUGCCUGCCAAUGCCUGUGAUCUGGAGUUUGACCAACAUGGCAACUAGGGUCAGAUCUCAUCUGACACAAGGGGAGGGAGAGGAUGGACCGGAUUCUCCCCUUAUCCACAAGUGCAGCCAUUGCGGCAAGGAGUUUCGCACCAAAUGUAAGCUCAAACGACACCUGCGAACUCACACGGGUGAGAGACCAUACCAGUGUGGUGAAUGCGGGAAACGGUUUGGUCACCUAACUCAUCUGAAGGACCACAGAAGAACUCACACCGGUGAGAGACCAUACCAGUGUGGUGAAUGUGGGAAACGAUUUAGUCAGCAAGGUCAUCUGAAGGAACACAUGAGAACUCACACCGGCGAGAAACCGUACCGAUGUGAGGAGUGCGGCGGGCAGUUCAGUAGUUUGGGUGCUCUGAAGGACCACAUGCGGACUCACACUGGUGAAAAACCGUUCAAGUGUGAAAAUUGCAACAAAAGGUUCAGUCAGUUAUCUAAUCUGAAUACUCACAUGCGGACUCACACAGGUAAAAACUAUUACAGGUGUGAGGAGUGCAAGCAGUUCAUUCAGCUUGGUACCCUAAAAACACACAUGAGAACCCACACUAGUGAAAAGCCGUACAAGUGCGAGGAGUGCGGCAUACAGUUCAGCGGCAUGAGUAAUCUUAAAAGACACAUGCGGACACACAGUGGUGAGAAACCGUACAAAUGUGAGGAGUGCGGCAAGCAGUUCAGUGACUCAAGUCAUCUAAAAAGGCACAUUAGGACACACACCGUACAAGUGUCAUGAGUGCAGCAUGCAGUUUUCUGAGCUGUGUAUGUAGCCUGAAAACGCACGUGAGAAACCGUACGUGAGUAAAAACUGCAAAAAAGUUUCAGGCGAGUAAUAUGGAAAGUCACGUGUGGGUAGCAGACACGUGCGAACUCAUAUUCAGAGAAAGUGGAGAGUCUGGAGACCUAUUAAUUCCUGAUGGCCUAACAUACACGUGGAAAGUCAUACAACGGCAACAAAAGCCACAUUCCUUUGGCAUCGUAUAACACCUAGACAAUCGUCAUAUGGUUAAUUGCUCAAACGUACCUACAAUCCACAUGCAUUUAUGUGAUUAUCGUGGGUACGUUACAGACAUUAUAUGGUUGUUUAACCGUGCAUACAUUUUUGUCACGAUACUAAUUGUUUUUCUUGUUUGUUUCCUAUAAUUCUACUGUAAAAUCACGAGUAACAGGAACCGGAUCACAACAUAGUAAACAUCGCCGCAUGUCCCAUAGUGGAUGAAAACUAGAAAUGCUGUGUAAAAACGACGGUUGAAUGUUUGCACACUAGUGUCAGAGGAACGGUAAGACAUCGCCCAUUUUAUGUCAAGGCGUUAUGAUCCAUAGUUUUCUACUAUGAUUUUUUUCACUAAUCACUCUAAAUAUAUAGAUCUACUGCGUCUGGAAUUGGCUAUGGAAACAUGUUAGUUGUAGACCUUGCUAGCUAUUGUUUGCCUUUAUAAUCUGUUGUAACUUCUAGGGAUUUGUAUACUUUUAGACAUCCCAAUUUCUUCAAUAAAGUAAGACACGUUAUGUUUUGUUCAA